CCUUCCCCCGGCUCUGAACCGACACUUCCGGCCACCUCAGGCCUUCCCUGUUUUUUUGUGUAGGUUUUGCUGUCUGCUCCCCAGGUCGUCGUGGCUCCUAGAGCACCCCUCACUCGCCCCCAGCGGCUCGUUUCUCAUCCACGAGCUCUUUAAGGCUCGGAGCCAGUCGGUCUGAGGCCUGCGGCGGGCGCGGCAAGUGCGCGCAGACCUGACCCCUUGUGUCUCUGCAACUCCGUUGGGGCCGCCGCCACUGCCUCGGGAUGCCGCGGCUGGGGUCCGCCGCGGUCUGUUGGGGUUGCAGGCUGCUCGCGCUGCUGCUACUGCUGUUGGUGCCGGAACCGGGCGGCGCCUCUGAGAUCACCUUCGAGCUGCCUGACAACGCCAAGCAGUGUUUCUACGAGGACAUCACUCAAGGCACCAAGUGCACCCUCGAGUUCCAGGUGAUUACUGGUGGUCACUAUGAUGUAGAUUGUCGAUUAGAAGAUCCUGAUGGUAAUGUGUUAUACAAGGAGAUGAAGAAACAGUAUGACAGUUUUACCUUCACAGCCUCCAGAAAUGGGACGUACAAAUUUUGCUUCAGCAAUGAAUUUUCUACUUUCACACAUAAAACCGUGUAUUUUGAUUUUCAAGUUGGAGAAGACCCACCUUUGUUUCCUAGUGAGAACCGAGUCAGCGCCCUUACCCAGAUGGAAUCUGCCUGUGUUUCGAUCCAUGAAGCUCUGAAGUCUGUCAUUGACUAUCAGACUCACUUCCGUUUGAGAGAAGCUCAAGGCCGAAGCCGAGCAGAAGAUCUGAAUACAAGAGUGGCCUACUGGUCAAUAGGAGAAGCCCUCAUUCUUCUGGUGGUUAGCAUAGGGCAGGUUUUUCUUCUAAAAAGCUUUUUCUCAGAUAAAAGAACCACCACAACUCGUGUUGGAUCAUAACUACGUUUUGAGAAUUGAUGCACCAUUGCCACUGUAAUAUUGCUGUCCUCUAAUUAAUUUUAGAUACUGAAGAACUUAAUAUUGGCAACAUUUUAAAAACCUUACUCGUAUACUUAUUUGGGGGGAUGUGUGAUGAAUAUCCCCAAACUGUGGAAAGGACACCUUUUUUUAUUUGUAAAGGUAUAAAAACUUUGGAACUUACUUUGGGCUAUUCAUGUUAAAUAUUCAACACCAACGAUCUAUACUUUUCUUGGUUGUUUAUAUCUACUCUUCGCACACUAAACUUUGGUAUUUGAUUCCUUUUUGCCAUUUAAAAAUACUUUUCUUAUAGGUAGUGGAUAUUUUUUAAACCUUCAAUUUAAUAUCUACAUAUGUUGUGGAGGAAGAAAAUUGCCUUUUAAUUGUUUAUAGUAAAUAAGGUUUUGAUUUUCAGAAAACCAAAUGUGAUUAGCUGUAGCCCAAGCCCUAUUCUGCACUGUUUAAUUUUUAUGGGAGGAAAAGUCUACCAUAGAAAUGUUAAUAUUGAUAUAAUUUUAAAUUGAUACAUCAUGGUAUAACUUAUUUUUCACUAGCUUGGAAAAUGUCAGGUUUUUGUUUCAGGGGGUUUUGAUUUAUAACCAGAUGUUAUUUUUUUCAUAAAUACAUUCUUACCACACAGAAAAUAGUGUGUUUCAGUAACAUCAUGGAAUUUAAACAGGCCUUAAAAAUCAGACUGUCAUACCAGAUAGAAUAAAUACAGCAUAAUUUCAGAUACUUCAGUGUCUUAUAGUGUAGGAGCAAAUGAGAUUAAGAAAAAGUUUAGUGAGUUACCUACACACAUUACAUUUUCAGUGCUUUUACAAAGAAAAAAGGUGAUCUGUUUCAUUUAAACAUUAAAUUGGCUGGUUCUUGCCCUUAUGUGGCUUCAAUGUUUUUUAGUCAUUCCCAGUUUAAAUUGACAGUUAUAAUAUUAGUAUCUUAAAAGUGCCAUACAUUUAAUCCCAAUAGGUGUGAUGCACUGAGAAGUUAGUUUUUUUGGAUUUUUUUCUUUUCUUUCUCUUUUGUGUUGCACAUGUAAUUUGUAUAAUCUCUGGUUAGAAUCCCUAAUAUGACUUAAAAAUUUAGAACACUGUGUGUGUUUUUUAUUUUAUAAUCUUCAUUGAUUGUACUGCAUUUAAUGAAUAUUAAAUAGCUCAUACUCUGUACACUAUAUGAUUUAGAAUGUCUUUGUAUUUUAUAACUUGUAUAGAUUGAGCUGACUGAAAUACAAUUUUGUUUUAAGUAUUCUAAGAUAUAACCCAAGAUAGUACAAAAUUGUAUAGGUGUUUAAAGCUUUUCUGCUCUUAAAAAAAAUGCAACUGCUUUCUGUCAUGCCUCCCUCCCUCACCCAAAGUUGAUUAAGUGCGAACAAGACUUAUAUUGUAGAGACUUCAAUAUGUGGUACUAUAGAAUACUGAUUACUGAUUAGGUAGCAGUUCUAGUCACCACUACUGACUAAAAGUUAACGCAAUUUUAAGCUGUCUUAAAAUGCAUAUAUACACUACUGCAUGUAAGAGCAAAAGGAAUUAAAGUUGUCAUGCUGGCUAAUUUCAAAUGCUGUGGUGUAGCAAAGGAUAAACGUAUUUUCAACUUCAGCUCUUUAAUUCUAAAAUAUUUGAAGACCAAAUGGUUAAUUCUUAAUAACAGAUUAAGAACUGAAGUUUAAAAUUUUGCAGCUUUAUCUAUUUGGAUUCUUAUAUUGGAGUUGCCCUGCAGCUUUGUAUGUCCCUCUGUAUUUAGGUUUGAACGUUUUCAGCACUAAUGUUAAUGUGGUUCAUAGCACGGAUGUAUGUGAAAUAUCCUUUCUGGCUACCUGUCUGCUCUGUUAUGUUCAGAUACUUAGACCAUAAUUUAGCAGAGUCAGGUACUAUUAGUGUGCCGAGUUUGGCAUAGAUAAUGCAGUUAUUUCAUCUGCGCCUGUCAACACUUCUUAAUAUUAGACUAUUUCUACAAAUAACUUUUGAUGAAACUCUUGAAAUAUAUUAAAAUGUUUGAAAUCACCACUGUUACCUGUACAAAAUAGUACAGGCUUAGUCUAGUCUGUAUUAACUGGUUAACAUUUGAUGGCUGUCUAUACUCAACUGGGUAUGUAUAUAUAUAAAUGAAAGAAUACAUAUCUAUACAGGCAUAAAUGUUAAGUAAACUUUUUUCUUCCUCCUAAUAUAUAAGUUGUAGCUCAUCUUUUUUCUUUAAUUCUUUUGUAACUUGAUGUGACAGUUUGAAUUUCCCAAAUAUUUAUAUUUGGACAUAUGGCUCAGAAUAUAUAUUUAAACAUCAUUAGCUGUAUAUAUUUUUUAAGUAAAUAAUGGAAAGGGACUUGAUAUGCAAGUUUAUACUAAAAUUUCAGCUGUGAAGAUAUGAUUACUUUGCUAAUAAUCAAAACCUUUUUUCUAAAAAGACAAAUGGUGUGUUGUUCGUAACUUUCACUCUGGCUUGAUGCUAAUCAACUUUGAAAAUACAAUGGACUGAAAAGCAAUUUUAUUCUUUGAAAGAUUUUAUUUAAAUCUGUACUAUCCAUAUUUGCUUCAGUUUAUAAGUGUGUAACAUUGAUAGUUAAAUAGAAUAAAGCAGAUCCUAUGACUGUUUUCAAAAAUUAAAUUAAUAUAUAAAUAAAUCAGAGGGGUUUUUCAUUUAUUUUUGGAAAAAACAGAUUUCUCUAGACAGAUCACAGUUCUGUAGGAUUGCCUCAGUCAAUUCUGGAGAAUAAAAAAAAAUCUUUCCACAUGAUUUGUUUUUGUCAGGAUAUAAAUUUUUUUAAAGUUCCUUGGAUGAACUUGGAGCUUGGAGUAUAUUUUUGCAGCAAGAGAGUGAUUAUUUACUUGGUUUUUCAUCAAAACAUCUUAGGGACUGGGCAAGAAAAUUAAAGAAGAGAAAUACAGUUAUCCCCCACUUUUCAAAAGUUCAUGUAUGCUGCUUCGCUUUACAAAAGAUCUGUACUGCAUGUACCUGUUUUCAUAACUGGAAGAAAUCCAGAGGAUUUUCCUUUUACAAGAAACGGUGAAGAGUGAACAUCAUUCAGCAUUUGUCUUUCAGGGAGCCAUUGUAGAGGUAGCACACACCCUGAGCAGCGUGAGGGUCUCUGCUUCUGUUCUGUGUUAGUGUUCUUUAGGUUUUAUGUGUUAUUUGGUAGGUUAUCUUGUGGGUCUGGGAACACUUAAAGUUUUUUCCAUAUAAGUGGUAAUUUCUUCUUUGCUUUCCCUCAUUUCUGCUUAAGGAAAGUUUUCAUAGGAACAUUACUUUUUCAGAUAGCAGGGGAAAUUUGUACCACCUCUAAACUGCCU